AUCUACCAUAUAUGCAUCUGCAAUAUAACGAUCAGAUUCUAUCAUAUCUUUGCUCCAUAUCUUUCUGAAAUUUCAUUAAUCUCUCCACCCGGAAAAAUCAUCAUGGGUGUCCUUGGAGCAAUAAUAAGGCAUUUGGACACAACAAUAGGGCCCGGAAUAAUGCUUCUUUAUCCUUUAUACGCAUCAAUGAGGGCAAUUGAAAGUCCUUCAACUUUAGAUGACCAACAGUGGCUAACUUAUUGGGUUUUAUACUCUUUCAUAACACUCUUUGAGCUUUCAACUUAUAGGAUCCUAUAUUGGAUUCCCAUUUGGCCAUACAUGAAGCUUGUGUUCUGCAUAUGGUUGGUACUGCCAAUGUUCAAUGGAGCAGCUUACAUAUAUGAAAAUUAUGCGAGGAAAUACUUCAAGAAAUUUGGUAACUAUGGAGGAGGAUCCAAUUAUCCUGAGGAGUACAAAAAGAUCCUUCAUAUGAUGACUUUCGACGCAAGAAAAGCAGUUGAACGUUAUAUCGAUAGAUUUGGACCAGAUGCAUUCGAGAGAGUGAUUAGAGCAGCUGAGAAAGAAGCAAAGAAGCAUUGAAUGAGUGUCAAUUUAACCAAGUUUGGAAUGCAUGGGAAUUGAGAAUGUUAACAUGUAACCAGCACUUCUUUCGGCACGUAUAUUCCUAGCAUGUCGGAAACCGAGUUUCAGAAUUGUUAUAGUUAAUUAAACUUAAAUUAAACUGAGGAAUAUUAUUUUCUAUGAUCAACACUUUGUUAUUUUAUGUACAUGCCGUGGAUUAAUUAAGAAUGAAUUAAAGUUUCCGAUC